AUGUCAACAAUAGCCUCCCCGCGGGACGCGUUAUCACGGCGCAUUCCCUCAUCCCAGAACAUAACCACGCCCACGUCCUCAGCCCGACCUUCCCUCGACGUACCACGUUCCGCCUCGGGCUCUCCCAACCCCAAUGUCUCCGGCGCCUCCCAGUCAGUCUCUAAGCGCAACCGCGCCGCCCUGCGCGAGUACUACAACCUCCGGAAAGGCGCGAAUACGGCCAACCCCCCGUCGGUCGAGGUCACAGACCCGCCGGGCGAACACCAUGAAGCGUCCGAGGUGCCACCCAGCGAGAUGGACAAGGAAGGGUUCGAGCCCGAGGCAUAUGUGAAGAAGGCGCUUGCUGAAAAGGGGAUGGAGGAGCUACUACGGCUAUACACCAGGAUAUUGGGGGAGAUUCGAGCAUUGGAUGCGGAGAAGAAGGCAUUGGUUUAUGAUAAUUACAGCAAGCUGAUCGCAGCCACUGAGACGAUACGGAAGAUGCGAGCAAAUAUGGAUCCACUGAACCCAAUGGCGUCUACGUUAGACCCGGCAAUUGCUCAGAUCUACUCGCAAGCCUCGGCCAUACGGGAGGAACUACGGAAAUCUGUACCUGAACCAAAUGAAUCAAGCAAGGGGGCAGACGAGGCGAAACAGCGAAGGCUACGGACGAAACAGCUGGCAAUUAAGGUCUUGGAAACACCCGACCGGAUACGAGCCCUUGUCAGUGAAGGACGGUUAGAGGAUGCCAAACAGGCAUGGAAGACACCCCGAAAGCUUCUCGAGAUGUGGAAAGAACAAGGUGUGGGGGGUGGAGACGUGGAGGCUUGUAUUGAAGAUGGCGAUGCUGCAGUGAGGGGGGACCCAAGCCAAUCCGACUGGCGAGCAGCCAAAGACGAUGAAGACUGA